CGUUUACGGCGCGCGCGAUCGCACACCCGUUGUCGGUGUCGUCGUCGCCGGCGGCGGCGGUGGUGGUGGUGGUGGUGGCGGCGGUCGUCGUCGCGGUUGCGGUCGUGUCGGUGACCACCUCGCGGCGAUACUGACCGUUCGCGACAUCGCCGCGGCCGGGGAGAGGCCCGCGACCGCGUUGAACGCGUGACGGGACGCGACGUGAGCAACAACAACUUUGGGCCGUCGUCGCCGCCACCGCACCGUGACCAGCAGCGCGCCUCGUCGUCGGGUCAACAGCGAGACACAGCCCUGGAUUCCAAUUCUCAUGGCCUGAGUUUCAAGUGGCCUCGGAAAAUGUUGAGGAAUUGUUUUUUCGAUCAAAUGAACGGGUAACGAGUGUCCAAAACAAUGAGGGGGCGGGGCCAGAGACCGAUGGAGCCAGGGUAAGCGACACAUUUACGCGACCCAGCCCCCCCGCCCCCAACAACAUGGAUAAAUCGGAUCGUAGACGCAGGCCUUUUGCCUUCGACAAGAUGGAGGGGCUGGUCAGAGAGAUGAAAGACGAAGAGACUGGGGUGCGUGUAAAAAGUCAAAAGUUAUUUCUCACUUCGAUUCCUUCUGCUUUUGCCGGUUAUAACAUAAUUGAAUGGCUAAUGGAUCGUUUAACUGUCGACGAGACUGAAGCGGUUCAUAUAGCCAACAUGUUAUGUCAAUACGGAUACUUUUUCCCCGUAAAUGACUCAAAAACUCUUACUCUAAAAGAUGACAGUUCUCUAUACAGAUUUCAAAUUCCGUAUUAUUGGCCAUGUUCCCAAAAAAAUCCUGAUAAUGUAGAAUAUGCAAUAUACCUAUCAAAACGACUGCUGAGAAACAAACAACGGCAUGCUUUGGAAGACUAUGAAAUGGACUCGUUAAACAGCUUGAAAAAAAACCUACAAAACAAAUGGGAAUUUAUUACGAUGCAGGCUGAAGAACAAGUGCGAUUGAGCAAGGACAGGAAAAAAGGCGAAAAAAUAGUGACUGAUAGUCAAGAAAGGGCAUUUUGGAGAGUACAUCGACCUCCUCCAGGAUGUGUGAGUGUUAUGGAACAAAUACCAAUAAAAAUUGGUGGCAGCUUUUCGUCAAAAAAAAAAAGAAGUUCUGAAGAUCUCCGGAGAGAAGUGGAAUUAUUAAGAAAUUGCAUCGGAAGAACCCGAGUCAAAACAUCAGUAGCGUUGGAUGGUCUUGUAUCUUUCGGUGAGACUUAUCAUGAAUAUGACCCACUACUCACUGGUGCACAGCCAUCGAAUCCUUGGGUAACAGACGACGCGACGUUUUGGACAUUUAAUUGUCCUAUGGUGGAAGCUAUUACUGAAAAACGCAUAAAACGAUGGGCUUUGUCAAUGGAAGAUUUAGUAUCCGAUGCAACAGGUCUUCACGAGUUUACGAACUAUCUUCGAAAAGAAUACAGCCACGAAAACAUAAGGUUUUGGUUAGCAGUCAAUGAUUUGAAGCGAUGUUGUCAGUCACAAAUCCUGCAAAGAGUUAAAGAAAUAUAUGACGAGUUCCUUGCGCCAGGUGCUCCAUGUGAAAUUAAUAUAGAUGGUAAAACGAUGGAGAGAACUCAUAAAGAAAUGCAAGUUCCAUCAAGAUUCACUUUUGAUAGUGCUGCAGAACAUGUGUAUACGUUACUUCUGAAAAAAGACUGUUACCCUAGGUUCAUUCGAUCAGAUCAUUACAAGAAUUUACUCGCUAAUGGAGUUCAGCCUUCGGCUAGACGAAGAUUUUUCGGACUAGUCGGCGGCGCUGCCAACAAAAAGGCGGAUUGCAAAGAACGCGUAAGAGGUACAGGAUGUUCAAACCAACAGGGCACAUCAUCGUCAGUGUUGCAAGCAAAUCAAUCGUCGUCUUGCAGCAGCGCAAAGCGAAGGGGCAGCGACAGAAGUCUGACUAGCUCACCACACGAACUUCCGAUAAAUUCCAUGAAAGUCUUGCAAUCCCAUAGUCAGUCAAAUCUCAGUGACAUACCAUAUAGGGGAGAUUUACCUUGCACACCUUCCUCUCCAAGUUCCAACCAAGACAACCUGAGCGGGGCCGAAGAGUGCGGCGGUGAACUGCAACCGAUGGCGGACGACGUGUGCCCGUGGGACGUAGCCGACGGUAACGACAAGAAACGGUCGAUGCCCAUAGUGGAGGAACGCGAGCGCAAGCUGUCCACGUCGUCGUCACGCAAGAACUCAGGCGGUGGUUACGCGACGUACGACUCGGCGAGCGCCGACGAGAGUCAAUCCGAUUCGGUGGCCAGCCGCCUGAGACGGAGUUGCGGUCUUGGCAGCGACGGCGGCGGUAGCGGGGACAAACGCCGCGGAUCGUCGGCCACGUGUACGCCGCAGCAGACGGUCGACCGGCCGUCGGUGUCUUCGGCCGAGGAUAUUGACCUCGGGCCGUCACCCGAGAGCAGGUCGCCGGAGAAGUUGAUACCGUCGCCGCACGAACAGCCGUCGUCAUCGUCGUUAGACGCCAAGUCCAACCGGAAGAAGCUAUUGAAGUCGCUGUCGUUGGCCAGGAAACAAAGCGUCACGCCCGUGAUCAACGUCAGCUCGGUAGACAGAACCACCGACAGCGGACGAGGCGCGAACGCGGCUGAGGACACGGCCGCACUCACGUCCACCGUGGCCGUAUCAGUGGAAGCGGCCGCCGAUGGUACUGGAGCCAGCGGCGACGGUCGCCAUCCACCCGAAACCGCUGCGGAGUCCGAAUCGGCGGCAGCGUCGUCCAACAGCGACGGCAACGACGUGUGUCCGUGGGAAGACGAGCAGAACCAGGACAAAGGCGGCCGAUUUUUAAAGGUAUACGAAACCUACGGUUUUCUGUAAACGGUUUCUGUCAUUGAUCCAAAAUUCUAUAUAUAAAUAUAUGUAUAAAUUUAUCGGAAUUGUUUUUCGCCAAAUGAAAAUUUUUUUUUU